AUGGCGGUCUACGAUGGGUUGAUUUUCAAGUCAAAUCAAGUACUUAUCCCACAAUCGCUAAGGAAGAUCAUGCUAGCCAAAGUUCACAGUGGACAUUCAGGGAUUCAGAGCUGUAUUCGCAGAGCAAAGCAGGUAUUGUUCUGGAUAGGAAUAUCUAAAGAUAUCCAGGAAAUGGUGGAGGCCUGUACCAUUUGUCAGCGACAUCAACGAAGUAACACGAAACAUACAAUUCUUCUAAAGGACAUCCCUGUGCUACCGUUUGAAAGAGUUGCAUCAGAUCAUUUUCAUUUCAAAGGAAAGGAGUUUCUUUUAUUGGUUGACAGCUAUUCAGGGUUCUUUGACCUGAAGCAGCUAUCUGAAAUAACGUCUAAGCAGGUCAUUAAACAGCUGAAAGAAUGGUUUUCUGUACACGGUAUUCCUCAAGUUUUGGAGACUGAUAAUGGUCCUCAGUACGCUUGUGAGGAGUUUCGUCGGUUCUGUCGCGAAUGGGAUUUCGAUCACCAGACAUCGAGUCCGCACUUUCCUCGUGCAAAUGGAUUGGCAGAAAGAUUCGUGCAAGUAGCCAAAGCGAUGCUAAAAAAAUGUAGUGAUGAUGGAUCCGACAUACAUCUAGCCUUACUCCAUAUGCGUAAUACACCUCGAAGUAACUCCAUGCCAUCUCCCAAUGAAAGACUAAUGGGUCGGUUAGUGCGAUCAAACAUGCCGAUGACGUUGGAAGCAUUGAGACCUAAGGUGUCUAUAAACGUUCAACAACUCUUGGAGCAUGAACGGGAGACUCAGAAGAGCUAUGCGGACAGAGGAGCCAAAGAACCAUCUCAGUUUACCGAACAGGAGAGAAUACUAAUACAGGAUCAAAAUUCUCGAGGAUGGAUACCAGGAACGAUAGCGAGACAGUUAGACGAAAACCGCUCUUAUUUGGUGACUGAUGGUAACAGAACUGUUCGGAGAAAUGCUCAUCAUUUGCGUAAGCUAUGCGACGGAAAUCAACCAACAGAGAUUACCUCACCAGCAAUUGAGAAUCUAGAUGACAAUCGUUGCGAGGCGACAUUGGCGAUGGAGAACUGCUUCAACGGAGAUCAGCUGAAUACAUCUACAGCAAAGACUCACCAUGCCGGUGAGGCAUCGACAGAGACAGUGACUCGUACUGGACGUGCUGUAAAAGCGAAGAAGUUCAGUGAUUUUGAAUAUUAUUAA